AUUUCUACUCCAAAUUGGUGGAUUUCCACCACAAACCGGUAGAUUUCUACUCCAAUUUGGUGCACUUCCACCCUGAACCAGUAGAUUUCUACUCCAAAUCGAUGGAUUUCCACCCCAAACCAGUAGAUUUCUACUCCAAAUCGGUGCAUUUCCACCCCAAACCAAUAGAUUUCUGUUCCAAAUUGGUGGAUUUAAACCCCAAACCAGUAGAUUUCUACCUCAAAUUGGUGCAUUUCUACUCCAAAUUGGUGCAUUUCCACCCCAAACCAGUAGAUUUCUACCCCAAUUUGGUGCAUUUCCACCCCAAACCAAUAGAUUUCUAUUCCAAAUUGGUGCAUUUCCACCCCAAAUUGGUGGAUUUCUACUCCAAACCAGUAGAUUUCCACCCCAAACCAGUAGAUUUCUACCCCAAUUUGGUGGAUUUCCACCCCAAACCAGUAGAUUUCUACCCCAAAUUGAUGGAUUUCCACCCCAAACCAAUAGAUUUCUACCCCAAACUGGUGGAUUUCCACCCCAAACCAGUAGAUUUCUACCCCAAAUUGAUGGAUUUCCACCCCAAACCAGUAGAUUUCUACUCCAAAUUGGUGCAUUUCCACCCCAAACCAGUAGAUUUCUACUCCAGAUUGAUGGAUUUCCACCCCCAGACCAGCAGAUUUCCACCUCAAGUUUCAUCUGGAAACUUUUCAAG